UCCACCCGAAACGUCAGUACCCACAUACCGAGGCUAGUGAGGAUUAGAACCUCAACGAAAACAUGGGGUGGACGUCUACUGUCUGCCUGGCUCUGUUAGCCUUUGUGGCGGCAACGCAAUGGGCGCACGUGCAAGCUCAAGUUUGCCCUUUCGAUGUCCUAUUUGUGGUGGAUGAAUCUGAAAUUAUGCGUUCUUCGCAAUUCACUAAACAGGGAAAAAUUGCAUUUAAAAGAGUCAAUGACCAAAUAGUGUCUUUUCUGGCUUCGUUGAGUCAGGUGAAAUCGCCUAGCGUGGCAAGGGCUGGUUACAUCGCCAUUGGAAUGGACCAAGGAUCGCGAAAAGCUGCUCGCGAGAUCAUUGCUCUGAAUGCGGACCUGAAUGCUGUCACGGCGGCCAUCAAUGCAGUCACCCAUCAAGAUAUUGCCCUCAUAUGGUCUCAGAUAUUGAACAGCCUUCCCGGUCUCAUUUCAGCAGAGUCAAAGGUCAUCAUAAUCACUGCCACCCAGGUGUCUGCUAGUGAGAGGGCAUCUACAGCUGCCACUAUGAGCGCCAUCAACGCCGAAUUCUUUGCCAUUGGUCUGCCGUUCAAGAGAGCACCCAAUUCCAUGACUGUUGCCGGGCUAGAGCCACUGGCCUCCAAUGCAUCUAACAUUGCUGUAUUGCAAGGAUUCGACGACACAUCCAUCAUUACACAGCUGGAUUCGUUUUUGCCCAAAACCUGUCCAAAAGGCUUCACAGCAGUUUGCAGCAACAUCAUGGACGUGGUUGUCGUUGUGGAUGGAUCCUUCAGUAUAUCUCUCGACGUCUUCAACAAAACUCUCAAAACCACACUGAUUGGUCUCACCGAUAAUCUCUUUAGCAUGGGCAGAGAUAUGAAAAUUGGACUUGUUCUCUACAGUUUGGAGGUGGAUGCUAGAAUCGCUCUCACCGACAGCAUAGCUAACAUCAAGUCGAGCAUCAUUAGUCUCGUUUAUCCAAACAGUGCAACAUGGACACAUCUGGGAAUCAAGGCUGCUAGAGAGAUGCUGAUUAACACAGGAAGGAAAAAUUCUACAAAGCUGAUGAUCAUCAUCACAGACGGGGAGUCGAAAUUUCCGACACAGACUAAAAGUGAGGCCACCAUUGCGAAAAACCAGGACAUAACCAUUUACGCGGUAGGGGUGGGCGUAGGCACCCAGAGCGAGCUGGUGAGCGUAGCGUCAACGCCAGCCCACGUGCUACAGGCAGCAAACUACGAGGAGCUGGCCAAACAGCUGGAAGCGCUUACAGCAAAAUGUGCAGUUGACGGUGCUUGGUCUGCAUGGACGUUCCAACGACUGGACCCGUGCGGUGUCACUUGUGGUGUGGGAACUCAGAGAAGAUAUCAAAUACGAAGGUGCGACAACCCAGUUCCUAAAAACGACGGUUUAGACUGUGUGGGAAGUGAUAAUCGGGAUUUUACAGAACGUUGUGAUACAAGAAUCUCAUGUGCAGCUUGGGGUUCAUGGACAUCAUACACAGAAUCGAUACCAUGUUCAAUCACCUGUGGACUCAAUGGAGUUAAAACAAUGCGACGAAGCCGAACAUGCUUCAACGAUAAUGCCGCUCGUGAUGCGUGCGGUGCUCAGUCACCCCAGUUUGAAACCAGAACUGAACUGUGUUCACGGCCCUCUUGCCCAUCUUGGGGAUCGUGGACACCGUACAAUUACGGUUCUUGCUCUGCUACGUGCGGUACAGGCAUAACUCAAAACGGCACAAGGUCGAGAACCUGUGUGAACGACAUCCCAUCUAAUCUAGGUUGUGGGGCACUGUCUCCUCAGCAACAGCAGACGAUGCGACCAUGCAGCAAACCAUUGUGUCCCAGUUGGGGUCUGUGGUCUGGCUUCCAGUAUGGUCAAUGCACUAAAACGUGUGGAACCGGCGCAACGCAAACUGGAAUACGAACAAGAACCUGUUUGAAUGACGUCCCAUCUCGACGUGGUUGUGGUGAAUUAUCUCCUCAGUCGUCGCAGCAGAGACGCGACUGCAGUCUGAAUCCUUGUCCUCAGUGGGGCCCGUGGUCUGGCUACACGGCAUACACUGCCUGUUCUGUGACGUGUGGGUCAAAUGGGAUCUGGAGAACCCGCAGCACUAGAAUAUGUAACAAUGACAUACAAGGAGGAGGAGGAUGUGGUGCUCCAUCACCUCAAGAACUGACCAGAACAGAGGCCUGUUCUACGUCCAGGACAUGUCCUUUCUGGGGAGCCUGGUCGGGCUUCACCUUCACCCAGUGUUCUGCAACCUGUGGAUCUGGUUUCACCAGGAGUGGCACACGAACAAGAAUAUGUCUGAAUAACAUCGACUCUGGACUUGGUUGCGGUGGUCCUUCACCCGACACAGACCGGCAAACACAAGACUGUGUCCUGCCAGCCUGUCCAUUUUGGAGUGACUGGACACCUUACAAAGCGAUCUCAGCAUGCUCAGUGACAUGUGGAUCGAAUGGCGUUUGGAGAAUACAGAGAACUAGAACGUGCAAUAAUGAUGUGGCUUCACGUAUGGGAUGUGGGAAAUUCUCGCCAGAUACGGACACCAAAACUGAAACUUGUUCCGCAAACAGACAAUGUCCAUCCUGGACAGAUUGGUCACCAUAUUCAUACACAGCAUGCUCAGCUACGUGCGGUGUCGGCAUAUCUCGAACUGGCACCAGAACGAGAACAUGUAUGAAUGAUAUCCCGUCUGGAUUUGGUUGUGGAGCUAAAUCCCCAGAAGAACAAAAACAAAUAGAGGCAUGUUCAGUACCCCUAUGUCCCAGAUGGAGUGCAUGGACUCAAUACACACCAACUGGACCAUGCUCUGUAACGUGCGGUCCAGGUGGGAUAUGGAGAGUCCAGAGAACUAGAACAUGUAUCAAUGACAACAAUGCUGGAAAUGCGUGUGGCGCGCAAUCACCUCAACCAGAUGGUAAAACUGAAUCCUGUUCCUCGGGCCGCACUUGUCCAUUCUGGAGUGCCUGGUCUGGCUAUACCUAUGGCGACUGUUCUGCUACAUGUGGUAUAGGGAUCACGAGGAUGGGGACAAGAUCUAGAGUCUGUUACAAUGACAUUUCCACUAAGAAUGGUUGUGGUGCCACAUCUCCGCAACAGGAUGUACGGCCAAAGUCUUGUCUGGUACCUCUAUGUCCAAGCUGGGGAUCAUGGUCAAACUUUACUGAAGCAAGUGCCUGUUCAGUAACAUGUGGAUCAGGUGGUGUUUGGACGUUGCAAAGACGAAGAAUCUGUAACAAUGACAUAGCUGCAGGUACUGGAUGUGGGUCGAAGUCGCCAGCAGUCGAGAGAAAAACUGAAUCUUGUUCAACAUUUACACCAUGUCCAAUGUGGGCUGCCUGGACCCCAUAUACAUAUGGUGCAUGUUCAGCCACAUGUGGUACUGGUGUUACUAGAAUUGGCAGAAGAUCAAGAACGUGUCUGAAUGAUAACUCAUUCGGCAUAGCCUGUGGUGCUAAAUCUCCCCAGGAACAGAAAGAUAUCCAGCAAUGCCAAGACAGGCCAUGCCCCCUUUGGAGCGUGUGGACAGACUAUAUUCCUGUUGGAUCUUGUUCAGAAACCUGUGGGCCAUAUGGAGUUUGGAGGACUGAGAGAACACGAACCUGUCUCAAUGACAUAGCUGGAGGUAAUGGAUGUGGUGCCAAAUCACCUCAGAUGGGAAGUAUGUUGCAGAGUUGUCCUGCAGUACCAGUGCCAUGUCCAGCAUGGACUACCUGGUCAACACCUUCCUACACUGCUUGUUCAGUUACCUGUGGAACUGGUUCUAGAACUGGCACUAGAGGUAGAAGAUGUUUAAAUGAUGACGCAUCUGGAAGAUUGUGUGGAGCAGAUUCCCCACAGACGAAACAGCAGACAGAAGCCUGCAAUGAACCCGCAUGUCCUCUGUGGAGUGGAUGGACGCAAUUCAGGUCAGUUGGGCCCUGUUCUGUAACAUGCGGACCAGGAGGGGUCUGGACCACACAGAGAUCACGUGUAUGUCGAAAUGACAAUGCUAAUAACAACGGGUGUGGUGCAUCUUCCCCUCAAUCAGACAGCAUAACGCAGUCAUGUGUAUCAUCUGUCACGUGUCCGUACUGGGGUGCCUGGUCUGGCUAUACCUAUGACCAAUGUUCUGCCACAUGUGGUACAGGGGUCACUAGAAUGGGAAGACGAAUUCGAAUCUGUCGGAAUGACAACCAGCAAGGCAAUGGUUGUGGUGCCGCAUCUCCACAACCGGAUGUACAGCCACAGACCUGCCAGGUACCUUUAUGUCCAAGCUGGGGACUAUGGACACCAUUUACUCAAGCAAGUGCUUGCUCGGUAACAUGUGGAGGUGGUGGUACCUGGAUGUUGCAGAGAAGGAGAAUCUGUGAAAAUGACACAGCUGCUGGUACUGGGUGCGGUUCCAAAUCACCAGACAUAGACUCAAAAACUGAAUUCUGUUCCAUAGCAACACCCUGUCCAAGGUGGACUGGUUGGACCCCAUAUACCUAUGGAGCAUGUUCAGCCACCUGUGGGGUUGGCAUUACUAGAAGCGGAACGCGAACCAGAACAUGUUCCAAUGACAUUGCAUCUGGAUUUGGAUGCGGAGCUAAGUCUCCUGAGGUGCAGAAGGACAUACAGAAUUGUGAGGAUCAGCUGUGUCCCUUCUGGGGUCAGUGGUCACCGUUUGUUGCUUCACCCUGUAGUGUUACGUGUGGAACCGGCGGUACAUGGACUAAGCAGAGAACGAGACAGUGUGUCAAUGACAUAUCAUCAGGAGACGGGUGUGGCGCAACGUCCCCUCAAGCAGACAGUAAAACCGAAUCGUGCUCCUCGCCCGUCACCUGCCCGUACUGGGCGACCUGGUCUGGCUACGCCUACACCGCCUGUUCUGCUACUUGUGGCACAGGGGUUACAAGGAUGGGAACAAGAUCUAGAAUCUGUAUCAAUGACAAUGCCUCUCACACAGGGUGUAAUGGUAUAAGCUCUCCACAGUCAGACACAGCACCGAAGCCAUGUAAAGUGCCCCUCUGUCCAUUUUGGGGUGACUGGUCAGUGCAAAAGGCCAUUACAGAGUGCUCGGUAACAUGCGGUACUGGCGGUUCUAUCGUCAUGCAGAGGCGAAGAGUCUGCAACAACGACAUAGUCACUGGUAAAGGAUGCGGUUCUCAGUCACCACAGGACGAAACCACGACUGUUGCCUGUUCCAAUCGUCCACCCUGUCCCGCUUGGGAAACCUGGUCAGGUUAUUCCAUAAGCGACUGUUCAGCCACAUGCGGUGCUGGCGCUACUAGGACUCGUGUAAGAUCUAGAAACUGUCAAAAUGAUAUUCCAUCCAAGCUAGGGUGUGGUGCAAAAUCCCCUGAAGAACAGAAAGCAAUAGAGGAAUGUAACUUGCCUAUGUGUUCCUUCUGGAGCGCAUGGACUCAAUACACACCGACUGAAGCAUGCUCUGUAACAUGUGGGCCUGGUGGGGUAUGGAGAGUGCAGAGAACGAGAACAUGUAUCAAUGACAAUCAGCAAGGAACUGGGUGUGGCGCACAAUCACCUCAAUCAGAUCUUAAAACCCAGUCCUGUUCCUCGGGACGCACCUGUCCAUUCUGGGGAUCCUGGUCUGGCUUUACCUACGAAGCAUGUUCUGCUACCUGUGGUUCAGGCAUCACACGGAUAGGAAGUAGGACGAGAAUCUGUCGAAACGAUGUUCAGUCUGGCGACGGCUGUGGAGCACAAUCUCCCCAGGUAGACCGGCAACCACAGGCGUGCACACUUCCCUCGUGUCCCUUCUGGAGCGACUGGUCUGUCUACACUCCAACAGAACCGUGUUCAGCUACCUGCGGUACAAAUGGCGAAUGGACAACACGAAGAGAAAGGACAUGCACGAACGAUGGUCCUGCCAGAACGAGAUGCGGUGCACUGUCUCCGCAAUGGGAAACGCGCAAAGAGGCCUGCUCAACAGGAGUCCAGUGUCCUUACUGGAGUGAAUGGACGCCCUAUAUUCCGCAGACGGCGUGCUCAAAAACCUGUGGACGCACUAGUGGGUUCCAGACCGUCAGGAGGACCCGAAGUUGCAUCAAUGAUCUCGCGAGCGGUGGAGGAUGUGGAAUUGGCAGCACAGAGCAGACGGUUACCCAAGCAUGCUUUGUGAAUAUUGGAUGCCCAGUGGAUGGUCAAUGGGGUCAGUGGAAGAAAUCGCCUCCAGGUGCCUGCUCUGUGACAUGCGGUAAAGGUAUCAUGACGACACAACUCAAUCGAGCCUGUGACAGCCCAGUCCCUCAGAACAAUGGACGAGACUGCGCGGUCGUAAACGGAAUUGGACCGACCACGUUUGUAACGGAGUCCUGUACUAAGGGUCCUUGUCCACGUCAACUUGGUUUGUGUGAUGGUGCUACAAUAUUCAACGGUGUGGGAUACAGACUGCACCCAACAGACUGCCACAAAUAUGUACUGUGCUACUACAGAAAUAACGGCUACACUAUCGGUGUGAUCAAGACUUGCCCAUUCGACAAAUACUGGAACCAGAAAGUCCGUAAAUGCGAACCAUCCUGUGAUGUGGAUUGUCCAAUUGAAAAAUGCAAAGACACUGAUAUUUCGACCUACAACUAUGAAGGCAGUUGCCGUGCCUACUGGCAGUGUAACGAUGGAAAAUCUGAAGCUAGUUGCUGUCCUUCAGGAUUCGCCUACGUCCAUAACCGAGGAUGCCAAGUGGACUUCACCUGUAGAGACAAGUGUCCAACCAUCUGCAAUGAAAAAGGUGUAUGCCAGAAACGUCCCAUGUGGAAUGAUACCAACAUGUUUGAAAGUACGACAGGUGAAAUCGGCUGGUAUCCUGCAAGCUGCCUAAGAACCAGCCUCUACUAUGACGUCAUCGGCUGCGAAUGCUCAACAGCAACUACCACAGCAUGCGUCCCCGAUCUGACAAUUGACUUCAGUAAUCCAAAUUCUCUUUCGUCUGCAAGUGGCAUUGAUGUUAAAGCCGACAAUGUCGAUAUUUCGAACGGCGUUGGAAGAUUUUCGGGGGCCAGUCGAAUUCGCACCGACAUGGCGAUCACCGACAUUGCAAAUCGCGCAAGGCCGAUUGCUGUGACUUUCCGCUACAAAGAAAGUGCGCAGGUCAUGAACAGACAGACAAUUCUGUUCGCCCCAGAAUGCAAGUUGGCUAAGUCUGCAUCGUUGAUUUUCGCCCUCGAGAUGGACACUUUCAUCGUUGAUGUGAGGAACUGGUAUGGAUCGAGAAACCGAGUUGCUGUGGUGCUUGACAAUUUCCCGACAGACAGCUGGAAGGAUGUAUGGUUUGUGUAUGAUGGCAAGUACCUUAUCGUGAGAGUCAAAGCAGGAGCCCGGGAACAUGCAGAACGACUCUACGCUCCCAAGAUUGGCCUCAUUCAGUGUGGCCUGGAUUUCGGACGAGAAUCAACCACUCUCGGCUUCAGAGGGGAGCUGGACGAUGUAAAAGUGUCCCGUUGUGACCCAACCCUGCCAAUUCGCUGAGCACAUCUGACCUUAACCUUGUUAGCAGAAUGUGAUUUACAAUACUCAAGAUCCCAGGAUCAAUUCCUGCCAGCUGCUCACUACUUUGUGCUCAAUAUGCUUUUACUCAAAUUUUUAUACUCAAAUAACAGUGAAAAGAACUAUAUUUUUAUACCAUAUUUCUGUUUUUCUUAUAUAUAUAUAAAUAGUUUUUUCAUUUGUUUUAAUACAAAUUAGCUUAUUAGCAUUUCGAAUUUAGUGGACUAUUGUUUUUAAUGCAACUCUUUAUGUGUAUUUUUUUAUCAAAAAGAUUUGUAGAAAGUUGUUGUUUGUAAACUGCAUGUAUAUUUAUCAUUAUACAAUGUAUACAUAUAUCUUUAUUUGUUAGUUUACACCAUUUGAUAUAAUUAGUGCAAGUGUUAUGCAAAUAUGGACCCCAUAGAAAGAUGAUCCAGGAUACAGUUUUCUUAUAGAAUUUGGACUUUUAAAAAUAAACGAAUGAUUUAACAAACA